ACUAAAUAUAGCUAACGUUAGCCUGCUAGCUAGCUAGUGCUUCGAUUUUAAGAUUGGAUUUUGUCGUUGUGUUGGCAGCUACUGUAAUUAUGUCUACACAAUCGAUUUUUAAACCGGUGACCCAUGUUCUUUUCGACAUGGAUGGAUUAUUAUUAGAUACAGAGAGGCUGUACACGGUGUCAUACCAGGAAGUAUGUGACAGGUUUGGAAAGAAAUACACCUGGGACGUGAAGUCUUCUGUGAUGGGAAAGAAAGCUAUGGAGGCUUCCACCAUUAUACGAGACUCCCUAGAACUACCAAUGACACCAGAGGAACUUCUCAGUGAGACUAGAAAAAUACAGGAGAAGAUAUUUCCUUCAGCUCAAUUGAUGCAAGGAGUGGAGAAUCUCGUCCACCAUCUCCGUAAACACAAUGUGCCCAUCGCUGUAGCGACAAGCUCAGCAGGCCUGGCGUUUGAGAUGAAGACCAGUCAGCACCAAGCCUUCUUUGACCUGUUCAGCCACAUCGUCCUAGGGGAUGAUCCCGAUGUGAAAAACAGCAAACCUCAGCCUGACUCCUUUUUGGUGUGUGCCAGCAGGUUCACUCCUCCUGCACCUCCGGCCACGUGCCUGGUGUUUGAGGAUGCUCCUAUGGGUGUUAAGGCCGGCCUGGCGGCUGGGAUGCAGGUGGUCAUGAUCCCUGAUGACAAACUGGACCGAGGCCUUACCCAGGAGGCCACACUGGUCCUGAGGAACAUGGAGGACUUCAAACCAGAGAUGUUCGGCCUGCCGGCCUAUGACUGAGCUCCAUCUCCGCUUCCUGCUCAGGGCUGAGAACCUCCAAUUCACCCCUGCUUUUUACCCUCCAUCUUCACCAUUUAGCCUGAACAAAGCAAUGUAAUGAUGCUAAUCACAACGAUCACAAUGCUGAUCCAAAUUAUGCAAUGCCUGGGAUUUUGAUUGUUACUUGGAACUGUGAUCAAAUUGUUGUUAGUCGAAUAUUAAUAUUUUUGCUUUGGCCAAAUAAUGAGAACGGCUGAGAAUAAUGGUGGAAUUGUCAACAUAAUGAGAGGUCAUUUUUUUUGUCUGAACCUUUUACACAGGUUGGUAUUGUAGGCAACUCGCUGCCGAUCAGUUUAAAGGCUUUUAUUGUGAUUUGGGGUGCAUCCUAAAUGGCACCCUGUUCCCUACAUAGUGCACUACCUUUGACCAGAGUCCAACACAGUCAUUCUAGGUAAAGAUGUAUCCGUCUCUUGAGUUAAUGUCCUUGAACAGAUUUCAUAACCAACUGCAGUUUAAGCUGUUCGAUUCUCCCUCUUUUCCCUGCUUCAUACCAUUUGCCACUCUUCUUUGAGCGGGGCCUAUUGAAAUGCCAAAGACACUUUUCCCAGCUUGGAUGUGUAAUCCAAUAAAGAUGGUGAGAGAAAUCUUCAGCUCUUUCAUCUUCACUCAUGUUUGCCUCAGCAGUGCUGCUGGAAUUCACAUGUUCUCUCUUCCCUGAGAAAACCCCUGAAACGACUGAACACAGGAGUAGAGUUUCUGAGAGCUAAUGCAGAGCCCUGUUCCCCCACCUCCCUCAGGCUGUUGAAAUAGGAUUUCACUGCUGUAGUAUCCUUCCAUCCACUAUACGUCUUCCCCCUCCCGGCCUCCAUGCAUCCCUGGCCUUUCAUCCUCAACUUGGGCUAAUCUCUGAGGCUUUUCCUCCUCUCCUCCUCAUCACUCAGCCGUUUUACAAGUCAUUUAGCCCCUCAUGCCCUGAAGUGUGUGUGUGUGUGUGUGUGUGAAUAUCAAAACAUUAGGGCCAUGACAGACAGACCAGGUGAAUGCUAUGAUCCCUUAUUGAUGUCACUUGUUAAAUCCACUUAAAAUCAGUGUAGCUAAAGGGGAGGAGACAAAUUGAGACUGUUCUAAGGGCACAAUGGGGUGCAACUCAAUAUUAAGAAGGUGUUCCCGAUGUUUUGUACACUCAGUGUAUAUGCAUGUGUGUGUCUGUACAUUAUGCAUGUAUGGUUGUGUAUUUAUGCAAUAAGUGUGAUGGUGUUGGAACAUUAGGUCUGGAAAAUGUAGUGAGAUCAGGGUAUGAAUGGUUCAUAAUGACCAAUGCCAUUUGCCACAGUCGAAAGGAGUUAUAUUUUGCUAUUUUAAAAUGCAUUUUCUUUGUAUCAAAUAAGUGACGACAGAGACAUUUAUUGUGGUAAAUGGUAGAAGUAGCUCAGUGCAGAUACAGUAUUCACCAGUAUUGUUGUAAAAUGCACAUGGAGUUACCAAGUGGGCAUUCAACAUGCAUUUUCUACUGCGUUUCUGUAAAAAUACACUGAAUAGUCCAUCUCAACAUAUUGCAGUUGCUAUUCACAAAGCAUAUUGUCCUUUUUGUUGGGACAUAAUAGCUUUUUCUCUUCUCUUCUGCUAGCAUUCAUCCUCCCCCUCAAGGUCUAUGACUAUAGUGAGCAGACAGAGGUACUUGGUCCGCCCAGGAGCAGCCUAUUGGCUACGACUCUCAUCUGGGCAACCAAUCACCAUCAGUUUAGCCUGAUGAUCCAGCCACUACCUGCAUAGGAAAAGCACUCUGCAAUAACUGAUAUCAGAGCUUACUAUUCCACCUGUAAUGCUAGUCCACCUGACUGUUUGUGACUAGAAGGGCCCCAGUGGCUCCUCUCUCUCCUAGGAAAUUAGCAGUCUCUUCAUCUACUGCCAAUAACUAUUAUUUUAUCCCUCCCUACUGACCUGAAACAGAGAGGAGAGCAAGUGAGGGAGGGAGAGAGGCUAGCUAACAUGUUUCUUAGGCCCGUCUUCACAUCAUGCCGGGGAGGGCAGAAGAGGGACGGUGGACCCCCAUUCAUUUUCAUCGUCAGUUGGUUUUCUAUACAGGAUUUUAUCAGCACUCAGACCAGUGUCACUGAACAGGGGAUGUUUGAAAAACAGACAUUGUAUUGAAUGACCUCAUUUUAGAAUGUUAUAAUAAAGCUUUUCUUUUGUUUUCAUCCUC